AUGAGUUUUAUAGCCAUGAUCCCAGCUCGCUUCGCAUCAACCCGUCUGCCCGGAAAGCCAUUAGCCGACAUCCACGCCAAACCCAUGAUUGCCCACGUCAUAAAGCGAGCCCAAGAAUCGGGUGCCACGCGCGUGAUCGUCGCCACUGAGAACGCUAGUGUCCUGGAAGCGGCACGGGCAGCAGGUGCAGAAGCCAUCAUGACACGCGAUGACCACGAAAGCGGCACAGAGCGACUAGCAGAGGCUGUGGACAUCCUGCAAAUUGGAGAUGACGCUAUCGUCGUCAACGUCCAAGGCGACGAACCUCUUCUCGAACCUGAGCUUAUAGCACAGGUAGGCCGGGACCUUGCGCUCCACGAUGCAGAGAUGGCUACGCUAGCCACGCCGAUUCGCGACGCGAGCGAUGCCAACAAUCCGAAUAAUGUGAAGGUUGUCCUUGAUGCGGAUGGGAAUGCUAUGUACUUCUCAAGGGCGAUGAUCCCGUGGGAUCGGGACGCGAGUGGGUUUGAAGGUGUUGACCAAGGCGUGUUGCGACAUGUUGGCUUGUAUGCCUACCGGGCUGGGUUUUUGAGGCAGUAUACCACGCUCAGUCCGUCUGCGCUAGAGCGAAUUGAGAAGCUGGAGCAGUUACGUGUUUUGUAUCAUGGAAAAAGGAUACAUGUGUCGAUCGCCGAGUCGGCUGUUAGUUUGGGUGUGGAUACUGCGGAGGAUUUGGAGAGGAUCCGAGGUAUGAAGUUUUUGUAG